AUGCCUCUGAAAGCGGGAGGGGACAAGGAAGAGCGAAACUUGGCAAAUAAAAUGUAUCCAAAUAUUUCGUACCAGGAGCCACCUGCUUCGAUAUGCGACGCGUGGAAACGGAGAGGGCGAGAAGAUCUCCCGGGGCUACAGAUCUGUCAGCUAAGUGAGCAGUCGCCUCCGAAAAUCACGGGCGGGGAGGUGGCUGCGAAGCGUCCCCGCUCGGUCCCCGCCGCUGCUACCUGUAGACGCGCGCACCCCGCGCAACGCGCGCACCCUCGGCCACCCCCGUCCCCGCUCCCGCCUCCGUCGCCGCGCGGCCGGGACCGAGUGCGGAGCAAGCUGACCCGCCCUGCGGCCCGCGUCCUGCCCAGCGGGCGUCACGCGUGACGUUCCGGACGCUCCGCCGAGCCGGUGGCCGCGGACCGCGCCUCGAGAGGUCGCGGCGUCUGCCGGCCGCUUCCGCGCGUUUUCCUGUGCGCGACCCGGAGCGCGGAGUUGGAGGCGAUCGCCUCGCGCGAGUCUCCUCCCCGCCCCGCCUGUGGCCGACCGCUCGCUGUCAAACUCGCGUUUCCCUCGGCGCCGCGGUCCUGAACUGAAGCCGCGACCCGAGCCCGGUCCGGGCUGCACUGCAGUUCGCUGGCCUCCCCGCUCCGGCAGCGCCCGCAUCUGCAGCAGCUGGAGAGUUCUGUUCACACUGUAAAGUUAUGACAGAGACAACCUCCAGCUACUUUUAUAGAAGAGGGAGCUGAUAGAAAGUGACG